AUGUGUUGAAUGAUUCGACAAGUCUAACGCAAAGGUACAGACCUGGAAAUCAUCGGCCGAAACCUUACGGAUGAGCGGGAGUGGAAACAACAUCGAAAUUUGCCAACUUUGUCAUUUCCGUCACAACUGGACAGCCUGCGGUAAUUUGGGCAUAUCUCCAUCGUUUCUUCACGGAAUUGCAAACCGUUUGAUUCUGUGGAUUCCUAAGAUGUAAGGCUAUAACUUUCGUGAAGAAACCAUGUUAAAAUAAUGAGUUUAAAGUGGUCAAAUAUAGCUCACAAGUGGACUCAUAGUUGCUGCCAGGAUUUUGGAUGUUCCGACGAACAACGAUUCCGACGAUUAUCUCAUUAACUUCAAUAUUCUAACGCCGAACCUUCUCUACGAUACCUUCCGGAUGUUCCUAAUAAGUGUUAGAGAGUUUAUGGUAAGUUCUUGGAAUGAAAUAAUAUGAAUUUGGUGAAGAAAAACAUGCCAACCCGAGGAGCUCGCCACCACUGGCGCAGUCCCGGUAUUUUGGCCAUAUCUUCUUCGUUACUUAACGAAAUCGCGAGCCGUUUGUUGAGCUGGAUUCGUAUCGUUCGGGGCUACAACUUUGGUUCAAGAAGUUCAGUUUUUCUAAAAUCGGUUGAGAUUUCUGAAGAUAAGAACACUGGAAUGUUUUUAAGUCAUUUGUCCUCUAAAGUCAUUGAUAUGGUAGGACCUCAACACGUUGUUCAAUUCAUCACGGAUAAUGGUUCAAACUUUGUUUCUGCUGGGAAUAUGAUUGUGCAAAAGUAUUCUAUGAUUUGCUACAACAGGUGUGCAGCACAUGAGAUUCAAUUGCUUUUUAAAGAUAUAUAUGACCAAGUUCCCUGGGUUCAAAGUGUUGUUGAUAAUGCUAAAUCUAUUGAGGCAUAUAUGUAUCGCCAUACUAUUAUUACUGCUUUGAUGAGAAAAGUUACAAAUGGACGCGAAUUGAAAAAGCCAUGUGCAACUAGAUUCGCUUCUAAUUUUCUUGUGGUGCAGUCUUCGCUUGGUCUUGAGAAUGAAUUACGUUUGUUUGUGGCAUCUCCAGAAUGGAGAGAUUUGUCCUAUUCUAAGUCACGAGAGGCUAUUAGUGUGACUGGACUCAUCCAAAGUGAUGCCUUUUGGUCUGAAGCAAAAGAAUUGAUACAAGCUUUAGAACCACUAGUUCGUGUUCUUCGCUUAGUUGAUGGUGAAAGUUCUACUUCUGGAUAUUUAUACCAAGCAAUGGAGUUGGCCAAGGAUGAGCUCAAGAAAAGGGUUGAAAAAAGUAGUGACAAAUAUGAGAAAAUGUUGUCAUUAUUUGAUACGAGAAGGAAAGAUAAUAUCAUUGAUCCUAUUCAUGCAUUUAUCGCUACUCUCGACCCAUUAUUCCUUAGUAACACAAACUUUAAGCAAACUGUGGAGAUGAAAAAAGGUAUGUUUUCUUUGCUUGAAAAAGUUAUACAGCCUGUUGACAGGAAGGAGUUUAUAAAGCAAUAUCGAGAUUAUACUAUGAAGCCUUCCUCUCUAUUCAAUGAUGCCACAUACAACAUGAUGACGGCAUAUCAUCCUCGUAUUUGGUGGGAAUUUUGUGGUGACUCUCAACCAGUACUUCAAAAAUAUGCCAUUCGUCUUUUGAGUCAGCCUUGUAGUUCAUCUGCAUGUGAGUGUAACUGGAGUGCCUUUGAAGUUGCUCAAACAAAGAAAAGGAAUCGACUCACCCCAGGCAUGCUAGGUCUUCUUGUGUACUGUAGGAUGAAUACACUCAUGAUGCAAAAUGCUGAGGAAAAGAUGAUUAAAGAUUCCAAUCUAAUUGAUUUGAGCAAGUUGAGAGAAUGGCCUGAUUAUGGAGAGGUAGAGUCAUACUCUCAUAUUCUUAAUGGUAAUGAAAACAAUGAGGCUUGUGAGAAUUCAAUGGAAGAUCCUAACAUUGACAAUGGUAUGGAUGAUGCUGGACUUCCAGAAUUUUGUGAGACUUAUGUCAAUGAUGAUGAUGAUGAUGAUGUUUUUGCUGAUUUUGGUAUUUUAGAAUAAUUUUGUAGUUGCUCUAGAUUUUCUAUCCUACUUUUCAUUUUGAACAUUUGUUGGAUUAAGACUUUAUUUUUUAUUGACAUAAAGAUUGUAUGCUCGCACUUUACUGUUUUGG